UCCAAGAGGGAUUGCGUAUCUGGCAGCCAACAAAAUUGAGAUCAUAACCUCGCUCUGAAAGCAGUCUCAACAGGGACACUUCACAGAAGGCAAACAGUUAAAGCAAAAUCUAGAGAUGGAGCAGAGUCCACAAAAACAACUAAAUUGUUUUCCUGUAAAUAAGGAGAUCCUGGAUAAACAGUGCUUCUAGAGUUCUUGCUUCAAAUUACUCAAAAGGCAAAAUGAGUAAGAGAAAGAUAAGACUGUGUCAACAAACUGGGGCCUUAUUAUGCAAGAAUGUUCUUAAAAAAUGGAGGAUGAAAAGAGACUCCUUAAUGGAAUUGUUGAUCUCAUCCCUCCUACUACUUUGUUUGUACCUAUCUCCUUAUAUCCAUCAUGUUAAUGAUUUCUCUUCGAUGCCCACUGUGGACCUGGGACGUGUAGAUUCAUUUAAAGAUUCUGACUAUAUUAUGGCAUACACACCCGUCACCAAUACAACCCAACAGAUAAUGAAUAAAGUAUCCUCAGCCCCCUUUAUGACAGAUAGGGCAGUCAUGGGACUGUUGGAUGAAGAAAGUAUUGAAGAAUUAUCUGCAAUGUAUCCUGAGGAAAUAGUAAAAGUCAUCUUCACUAAUACAUUCUCAUAUCAUUUGAAGUUCUUGUUGGGACACAGAAUCCCAAUAAGAGAGGAACACAGGGACCAUACAGCUCAUUGUUAUGAAAUCAAUGGAGAUAUUGACUGUGGAAUUUCAGAUUUCUGGAAGAAAGGUUUUGUGGCUUUUCAAGCUGCCAUUAAUGCUGCUAUCAUAGAAAGCACAACAAAUCAUUCAGUGAUGGAAGAAUUAAUGUCAGCUACUGGAAAAAUUAUGAAGAUAUAUCCCUUCAUUAGUCAAGGAGGACUUAUGACAGAUUUCUUUAUUUUCUUCUGCAUCUUUGCCUUUUCCCCACUCACUUACUACGCCUCUAUCAAUGUUACAAGAGAGAGGAAAAAGAUGAAGGGCUUGAUGACAAUGAUGGGUCUUCGAGACUCAGCAUUCUGGCUAUCCUGGGGUUUGCUCUACGCUGCUUUUAUCUUCAUCAUGGCCUUUUUUGUGACACUUAUUGUUAAAUCUUCCCAAUUUGUCGUCCUGACUGGCUUUGUGGUGGUCUUCACCCUCUUUCUCCUCUAUGGAUUGUCUUUGAUAGCCUUGGCUUUCUUAAUGAGCGUCUUGGUAAAGAAAUCCUUCCUCACUGGCCUGCUGGUGUUGCUUCUCACUGUCCUUUGGGGGAGUCUGGGAUUCACAGUGUUGUACAGACACCUUCCUGCAUCCUUGGAGUGGACUUUAAGCAUUUUCAGCCCUUUUGCCUUCAUGCUUGGAAUGGCCCAGCUUCUACACUUGGACUAUGAUUUGAAUUCUAAUGCAUUUCCUGACUCCGCGGACGGCUCAAAUCUAAUCAUAGCAACACAUUUCAUGUUGGCGUUUGAUAUUUUCCUCUAUCUGACAUUGACGAUUUACUUUGAAAAAGUUUUGCCAAAUGACUAUGGACAUCGAUAUUCACCCUUGUUUUUCCUGAAGUCCUCGUUUUGGUCACGACAACAAAAGGCUGAUCAGGUGGCCCUUGAAGAUGAACUAGAUUCUGAUCUUUCAUCUAACGACUCUUUUGAACCAGUGUCUACAGAGUUCCAUGGUAAAGGAGCCAUCAGAAUCAGAAAUGUUACAAAAGAAUACAAAAGAAAGGCUGACAACAUAGAAGCUUUGAAAGAUCUGUCAUUUGACAUAUAUGAAGGGCAGAUCACUGCAAUACUUGGCCAUAGUGGAGCUGGGAAAUCGACACUGCUGAACAUUCUUAGUGGGUUGUCUGUUCCUACCAAAGGUUCAGUCACCAUCUAUAAUAACAAACUUUCAGAAACGACUAACUUCGAAAAUAUCAGCAAGCUCACUGGAGUUUGUCCACAAUCUAAUGUUCAAUUUGACUUCCUCACCGUGAAGGAAAAUCUCAGGCUAUUUGCUAAGAUAAGAGGGAUUUUUCCACAAGAAGUAGAUAAAGAGGUAGAAAGAGUUUUGCUGGAAUUGGAAAUGAAAAAUAUUCAGGAUAUCGUUGUUCAAAACUUAAGUGGUGGACAGAAAAGAAAACUAACCUUUGGGAUUGCCAUUUUAGGAGAUCCUCAGAUUUUCCUGUUAGAUGAACCAACUGCUGGGUUAGAUCCCUUUUCAAGACACCGCAUAUGGAACCUCCUGAAGGAGUGUAAAAAAGAUAGAGUGAUCCUCUUCAGUACCCAGUUCAUGGAUGAGGCUGACAUCCUGGCUGAUAGGAAAGUGUUUCUCUCCAAAGGGAAGCUGAAGUGUGCAGGCUCUUCUCUGUUUCUAAAGAAGAAAUGGGGGAUUGGAUAUCAUUUAAGUUUGCAGGUGAAUGAAAUGUGUGUUCAGGAAAAAAUAACAGCACUUAUUAAACAGCACAUCUCUGAUGCCAAAUUAUCAGCAGAAAGUGAAGGAAAACUUAUCUAUACGUUGCCCUUAGAAAGAACAAAUAAAUUCCCAGACCUUUACAGGGAUCUUGAUAUGUGUCCUGGCCUGGGAAUUAAGAAUUAUGGUGUUUCUAUGACAACUCUGAGUGAGGUGUUCCUGAAACUAGAAGGAAAAUCAGCCAUUGACGAAUCAGAUGUUGGCAUUUUGGGAGAAGUACAAGCAGAAGGAGCUGGGGACACAGAAAGGCUUGUUGAGAUGGAACAAGUCCUCUCUUCACUUAAUGAGAUGAAAAACACAAUAGGUGGCAUGGCUCUCUGGGGAAAGCAAGUCUGUGCAAUUGCAAAGGUUCGCUUAUUAAAGUUAAAGCAUGAAAGAAGAGCACUUUUAUCACUGCUAUUGAUUUUAGGGAUUGGAUUUUCCCCUCUUCUUUUGGAGUAUAUCAUCACAAAAAUAUAUCAAAAAAGUUACACUUGGGAACUUUCUCCUCAUAUGUAUUUUCUGGCUCCUGGACAACAACCACAUGACCCCCUCACUCGCUUAUUGAUCAUCAAUAAAACAGGGGCAAGCAUUGAUGACUUUAUGUAUUCUGUGGAACACCAGAACAUAGCUCUGGAGGUGGAUGCAUUUGGAACUAGAAAUGGCACAGAUGACCCAUCUUAUAAUGGAGCCAUCACUGUGUCUGGUAAUAAAAAGAAAUACCACUUUUCGUUAGCAUGCAAUGCCAAAAGAUUGAAUUGUUUCCCAAUUCUUAUGGAUAUUGUUAGUAAUGGGCUACUUGGAAUGUUUAAACCAUCAGCACACAUCCAAACUGACAGAAGCACAUUUUGGGGGGAGGAACAGAAUAACCCCUUUGAAUUCCUAAGCUUUACCAUGUUCUGGCUGAUUUUGGCAGCCAGUUGUUCUCCUUAUAUUGCCAUGAGCAGCAUUGAAGAUUAUAAGAACAAAGUCCGGUCUCACUCCAAAGACAACUUUUAUUUCACUUCUAUAAUUAAAAUAUUCUAUAUAUCAGAUCCUAAGUGUAUCCAGAGAUGUCUCAUUCAUGAUACUCUAGGCAAAAGGAAUUUGGCUAAGCCACUAAGAGAAAAUAUCAAUGGAGACAUUGAUUUCAGCUUGACUGAUGAGAUCACCAUGUUCUCUGUGGUUGGAUUUCUGUUAGAAAGCGAUGGGAGUGGUGCACUACUUUGCAUCACCUUUUUCAUUCCACCUGCCACACUGAUUGGCUGUAUGUUCUUAUCUUUUCGUCUUUUCAUGUUUGCUGUGUUUAGUGAAAAAAGUGCCGUAGAAGCAUACCUGGUAUUUCUAAUCCCUUUCCUUCAUUUUAUCAUCUUUGUUUUUAUUCUGCGAUGUCUGGAAUGGAAGUUUGGAAAGAAAACAAUGAGAAAGGAUCCCGUCUUUAGAAUUUCUCCAAGAAGCAGCGACGUUUGUCAAAAUCCAGAAAACCCAGAAGGAGAGGAUGAAGAUGUUCAGAUGGAAAGAGUGCGAACAGCAAAUGCCUUGAAUUCCACAAACUCUGAUGAGGUAAAACACUCAAACGUUGUCAUUUCACCAAAUAACACAGAUGUUUCUUCAUUGUACUAUUCAAAUCAAUUAAUACUGUGUGACCAUCCUUUUUCAGGUGAGGUUUUAGGAUUAUUAGGACACAAUGGAGCUGGAAAGAGUACAUCCAUCAAGAUAGUAACUGGAGACACAAAACCGACAGCAGGACAGGUGCUACUACAAGGCAACAGCAGAGGGGAUACCACUGGGUUCCUGGGGUACUGUCCUCAGGAGAACACACUGUGGCCCACCCUGACGGUGAAGGAGCAUUUGGAUGUGUACGCCGCCGUGAAAGGGCUGAAGAAAGGAGACGCCGCUGCCGCCAUUACGCGGUUAGUGGAUGCACUCAAGCUGCAGGACCAGCUGAAGGUGCCCGUGAAGGCCUUGUCAGAGGGGAUAAAGAGGAAGCUGUGCUUCGCGCUGAGCAUCCUGGGGGGCCCGGCAGUGGUGCUUCUGGACGAGCCGUCCACGGGAAUGGACCCCGAAGGGCAGCAGCAGAUGUGGCAGGCGAUCCAGGCCACCAUCAGGAACACGGACCGGGGUGCCCUCCUGACCACCCACUACAUGGCCGAGGCCGAGGCUGUGUGCGACCGCGUGGCCAUCCUGGUGUCCGGGAGGCUCAGAUGUAUCGGUUCCAUCCAACACCUGAAAAGCAAGUUUGGUAAAGAUUACCUGCUGGAGAUGAAGGUGAAGACCCCCGCACAGGUGGAGCCCCUCCAUGCCGAGAUUCUGAGGCUUUUCCCCCAGGCUGCUCGGCAGGAGAGGAAAUUGAUAGUGAAGCAGAGCUUCAACCUGGAGGAGUACAGCCUGUCUCAGUCCACCCUGGAGCAGGUUUUCCUGGAGCUUUCCAAGGAGCAGGAGUUGGAUGAUUUUGAUGAGGAAAUUGAUCCCUCAGUGAAGUGGAAGCUUCUCCCCCAGGAAGAGCCUUAAAGCCCCCUAAUACCCAAUGAUGCUGUUUAACCUUGUGGUUGCUUUUUUAAGACAUUUAUUUUUAUAUCAUUAAUGUCCUAUUCUUAGAAACUACAUUAUAAACACUGAAAUGGCUCUUCAUGAUGUCAUAAUUAUAAUGUUAUGAUUUUACUCGGAAAUACUGGAAAGGUUCUUGGUGGUGUGGGAGAGGAGGAGUGAGCGCCAGGGAAGUGCAGUAGGGCACCGCCAGAGGCACCUGGCGGGCAGACCUCCCAGUCACAGCCUCUAUGUCACUGCAGAUCACCCGGUUUCAUACUUCUGUAUAAUGCUGAAUAAAUAAAAUUUCUUUAAUAAGAUUAAGUCUCUGCAUCUAAUAAAUGUUGUUUAAUUUUUCUAACCUAGACUGAAAAGUC